GUCAAUAGGGUGGUGGAGCAGAUGGCACGACGCAUGAUGUCUCUUCUCCCUCAGCGGUCCUCUCGCGUGUUUUCAGUGGAGCUGAAUGGAGCACCUUUCUACUUUUCGACUCAGGAGGCGCACCGGGGAGAAGAAGUGCCCAAUGUGUUCAGAGAAACACAACCCGAUACACGGUGCUACUCCCUCCUCGUCUGCAGCAGCGACACAAUCAGACGUGCCAAGUUUUACGGCGAUUUGAAAGAGAAAUUGCUGAGAGAUUUGCCUCCAGAGUGCCAUUUGUCUCCCAUGUGCUCAUUCCUGCCAAAUGUCAGGGACUCUCUCCUAAAGGGGUACUUUUUAAAAGAUAAUUCUGAGAGUUCUUCCCCAACAGAGCGACUUUUGAAAGAUUUAACGCAGCGCGAUCCGGUGCUUGUGUGUUCAUACCUGAGAGGUGAGCAUGGUCAUCUGUGGACUCAGCACCUGUGGUCUCCAGCAGACAGUCAGACGAUGGAGAAGUCAAAGGAUUUCUAUGUGGUGCCUUCAGAAGCUCCAGAAUAUCACCCAUCUACUCUCAACAUCAUCAACUCUGAUGUUUUCUACAGCUUUGAGGAGGCCUAUGACGUUCUAAAAAAGUGCGGUGACAUCAUCCCAGAGGCGACGUCUGUGCUGGAGCUGCUGCCCAGCAGAGCGGAGGCCAGAAGUAAACCAGACUUCCCUGUUAUUGUCAUCGAGGGCCUGGAUGCCACAGGUAAGACCACUCUGACUGAGUCUCUGAGGGAGACUCUAGGGGCCUCUCUUCUGCGGUCCCCUCCCCAGUGCCUGUCCCCCAUGAGGGCCCGAUUUGAUCGGGAGCCGCCCCUCAUCCGCAGAGCCUUCUACGCUCUGGGGAACUACAUCACAGCAGAACAAAUAGGGCAGGAAGGCAGGAAGACAGCUGUCAUCGUUGACAGGUUCUGGCACAGCACAGCAGCGUACGCCAUCGCCACAGCAGUCAGCGGUCCAGUGUGCAACCUUCCAGCAGAGGGUUCAGAGGUUUACCGCUGGCCCAGCGACCUGCUGCAGCCCAGCCUGGUGGUCCAGCUCACCGUGGACCCCGAGGAGAGGAAGAGGAGGCUGAGGGGUCGAGGUCUAGGAACGACUGAAGAGGAGCAAGAGCUGGACCACAACCAGCUUUUCAGACUCAAAGUGGAGAAGGCUUACCAGAGGAUCAUUGGACCAGCAUGCGUCACCGUGGAUGCAAGUCCUUCUGCAGACCAAGUGCUCCAACAAGUGCUGCUUUUAAUUAGGGGCAAAUGCCACUUGUAAACAGUUUCCCAUCUCCCCUGCUGUCGGCCAAGCAUCAAGUGGAUGCAGUACCUCCCGCCACCACUGGGUGCCAGUAAGGUGUUGUGAAUGCACCUAGUUAGUAGGAGGAAUGAUGGUUAGAUUGGAGUGUGGAGAAGAGAUUCUUUUCAGAAUGAGUAAAGGUUGAAUGGCCAGGGGCCAGAACUGCAUGCUACAAUCAGAAAUACAUAUUCAUGCAGACACGUAGACACACACACAUGCAUGCACAGAUUCUGACACACACACACAAGUAUUGUCAGGAAGAAGUGUGCACUUAACUGCUGUUGUGACCUCUCAGAAAUCAGACACAGGGUAGCCUUCAGACACAGUGUAGCUGCACUUAUUGACUACCACUUGUAUUUGUACCGACACAGAGAAUAUGGAUAGAAACAUUUAUAUAAGCACCAGUCAGAUAGGUUUCAUCUGUGCACACCAACAGCAACAUAUAAAAAUAUAUAAAAGAGCUGCAAGAAUUAAAACAUUGAAACAGGAUCUAAUUUAAAGUCAGGUGAAAUACUUUUAAUUUAUAUAAAAAAGUUGUUUCAAAUUAAAAUAAAAUGACAGUAAACAUCUGUUUUGUGUGUUUU